AUGCCUAAGGUAGUUUCAAGAAGUAUAGUUUGUUCUGAUACAAAAGAUCAAGAAGAAUAUUCUGAAGAAAAACCAUUGCAUACUUAUUAUUGCAUUUGUGGUCAAAUGACAUUAAUUCUUGGCAAUCACUUUAUAAAAUUUUGUAAAUUUAUAGAUUGCUCAGUUGAAAAAUUACCAUUGAGAAAGAGAGAUGGAGCCAGAGUUAUAGACGGAAGUAAACAUGCUCAUAAAGUAACAUGUGAUUCUGACGAAAAUGUAUAUAUCAAAAGACCAGAAGGAAUUGAAAAACAAUAUAGAAUGAAAUGUAAAAAAUGUGAACUUUGGUUAUAUUAUAAACAUGACCUCAAAAGCAACAUAAUUUUUAUCGUUAAGGGUGCUGUUAUUAAAAAUUCAGAUGGUCCUAAAAUGGAUAUUUAUAAUCAAGUGGCAGUAGAAAAACCGAAGAAAAUAAUGGUGACAAAACAUACUAAAAAUAUGGGUAAAUUUAGUUCGGUUACAGUAUCAACAAUAGACGAAGAAGAGGAUGAAAUUGAAGCUAGAGAAGUUGCUGAUUCUUAUGCGAAUAAUGCAAGAAUUAUUGAAAAGCAAUUGGAAAGAAAAGGAAUGAAUAAAAGAAAAAUGGUUGUUCAACAAACGCAAGCAGAAAUAGAAGCCAAAAAGAAUAGAAUAAGAGGAACACUAAUCGAUAAAUAA